AUGGCUACUUUACGAGUUGGUCUGAAGCAGGUUACAAAUAGCUGUAACAGUCCGUCUUUGGGAGUUCUUCAAGCGAAGAAGGAUAAAUCGGAUGGAAAAAGCAAAGCAACGCCGGUUAUCACAAGUGUUCAUGAUAAAGAAAACCGAGGAACUCAGGCCGCAGUAGUGGUUGGAUCUUCAUCCGCCCAGACAGACAUUUCGACUAUCAAGGAAGCGCCGCCUAUUGCAGCAACGGAUCUUUUGUGCGAGCAACCAUCGUCAUCUUAUUGGCGCGGAAUGGCUGAGAAGUUUGAGAAGGACAUUGAUAAAGAACUGGAAAAUAGCUUCAAUAUGUCACUUGAACUGGAUAAGUCUUACGAGGAAUUGGAAAAUUCUAAGAAUCGCUUGAAAGCCCUGAUGGAGGUGUUAGAUGACAUUCUCGAUGAAGAAGAGGAAAAUGAUGCCAAUGAUCCCUCUCAUGCUGAACUUUGA